AUGUCUUACGAAGGAGCUGCAUCUGUCGCGAAGAAUCCUGCCCAAUUCUUUGCUUUGGAUGGUCUAUCUAAUUUCCAUGACCAUAAUGAAUCUCUUGAUUACCAGGAGUAUCUUCCAGAAAUGGAAGCGACCUACUCGUGUCCUCUUUCGACCGUAAUGGAGCAGCCUGAGUACUCUCAUCAAAAGCAAAUUCAUCCUCUAGCUACUUCUUCCUUAUCUACUUCAUUUCCUACUAGAAUCACAGAUCAUAUGGACUAUUCUCCUUUCUUGCAUCUUCCGAUUGCUUCCUCACUUGAAUCCUCUUCGUCCUAUUUGAAUGUUCAUACGGGUGGUAUUUCAGACUCUCAAUCUUACAGUUCUUCUUAUGGUCCUUCUCUGUCUCCUCCUUCUUCACCCUUUAAUACAGGUAUCCAAACCUCUAUGGACCCCCCAUCAACGAUUAUUGAAGAAGAUGAACUUGGUUCCUUACACAUCAGACAACCCAAUGGUUUGUCGUAUGAAGAAAAUUUGACAUCCGCUUGGAAAAAUGACUUGGCAGGUGAGAGCAGUAACCCUUCUUUUCCUGAAGUACCUAUCAAAGAAGAAAGUGAACCUUUAGCCUAUUACGAUAAUGAAGAUUACUGUCCUUCAAGUCAGCUGUACCGUGAGGAAGAUCUUUAUUCUUCUACUGCGUUUCCUAGCUCAGAUGCUAUUGAACCAAUUCAGGAGGCCAUGUCAAAUGAGUUUGUCACAUUGCCUUCUUCUCCCCCUCAUCCUGAAGGACCAUAUGCUCCUAUUUCCCCUGAUAAGUUGACGUUGCAAAUCGCAAUUUGUGAGCCCUCUCUCACAGAUAUAUCCACACCAGACACACCCGCUAAUGUCUCACCUGUCUCUCCGUUUGCCCCGUUGACCAAGGUAGAGCCGGUCUCACCUGUGAAACCUUCUUUUGCAUUUCAAAAUUUACCUAAUUUAAGUAUAAAUACGAGAUCCCUUGAGCCUCAGGUAUCCCUCGCCGGCGAGGUCUUGCAACCUGAAAAUCAAACUUUGUCAUCCAUUAGAACUCUACAACUGGAUAAUCAACAAAAUGAUUUUCCCGACAUCUUCCAAAAGAAAGAUUCUUCUAUUCCCUUUUCCAAGGACAAUAGCCGUAACUGUUCUUCUGAAAACAAAGAGAUUUCGACUAUUUAUAAUCGUCAAGAUGAACAGAACCAGGAGCUGAAUUGUUUUAUCUCUUCUGAAAACAAUCACAAAGAAGCUUUCCAUGCCGUUCAACAACCCCUCGUGGGCGCUUCUGAAGCAUUGCUUCCCGUAAAGCAGGAGCCUUUGGAUACCCAAGAUAUGCAUUUUGUACGACCAUUAUUGACACCCAAACCUCACAUGAAAAUCACUGAAAAUAAUGGCUGCAAAACGUCUCGAAAGCAAUCCUCACGAAUUUGUCGUAUUCCUCCGGAAACUAUGGCCAGUCUGUAUCGUGGACCUGAAGAAGACGGUAAAUUUAUUUGUUUAUUCAAUGGUUGCUGCAAACGAGUUCGCCGAAAGUAUAAUAUUGAGUCUCAUAUUCAAACCCAUCUAAGUGACCGGCCCUAUCGUUGUGAAGUCUGCAAAGCGGGCUUUGUCAGACAUCACGAUUUGAAACGACAUCUGCGUAUCCAUGAGAAUGGACGUCCAUAUGUCUGUGAAUGCAGCAAAAGAUUCAACCGUCUGGACGCUCUGAAUCGCCAUAAGCAAAGAAAUAUUUGUAUCGGAGGCUUAAACCGGAGAUGA